UUGUAAGUGUUUUUAGAAUAAUUGGGUUUUUACACAAGACUUGGGCAAUGACUUUCACAGCAAGCAGCCCUCCUUGUGGUUUGCAAAUAGUACCCUCUGCCUACAUUUUAGUGGGAGGUUUCUUAUCAUGAUGAGUUCUUAGGAACUUUAAAAAGUGGUGAAACUCAUCAUAAACAUUCAACUCUGGAGGUAAGUCAUUCAGAUUUUUAAGAAAUAGUAAAAAAAAAGAAGCUUUCCUUUUUCCUGCAUUUUACAACUUAGGUUGCCAUUAAGUGAAUUUAAAAUUAAUUUAUCAAAACAUAUUGAAGUACGUAUCAUAUUGUGACAUUAUUGCCUCCUCAACAUGUUGUUGAGCACAGAGUUAGAUUUUUAGCAGAAAUCUGAGUAAGUUUCGACAUUAUUCAAGUACAGGAAACAGUAUUUGCAUGUUGCUAAAAUAUCUUUAUUUAGAAACAAUUUAGAAACGCGUUUAAAUUCUGAUUCCUGUCGUGGGGGAAAUACAAAAUAUGACAACACAAAAUAAUUUCUCUUUAGGCUGAGAUCAUAAUUUUCUUGUUACUAGGAGUUUUCUGAAAUCAAGAAUGUUUUUCUUGAAGACAACAUCUACCUUGUUCUGUUUUUUUAUACAACAAAUUACCACAGACUGGCCUAAAUUUAGAAUAUUCAAAACGUUAACUGCUUUAGAAGCGAAGAAUUAUCUCAGUAUGCUGAAAUAAUGCUUUCUUGCUCUAGAAACAACAUAAUGUGGUUUGUUUUAAACAGUAUUUAGGUUGAGUUUUUAGUCUAUCUAUGGCAAACCAUAUCAUUAACGUAAUCUAUAUGUAUUUUUAUAUUCUUUGUCUGCAACUCUUUUGUCAUUGCUACCUAGUUUUGCCAGUAUGUAUAUUAUAUAUUAGGCUUCCUUGUUUAAUUAAAAAAAUAAAUAUAUAAAAGAUUGAAUGUGAUGGUUUUUUUUCCAGUACAUGCACACAAUGUAGCAGACAAACACUGUUAUUGUGUUAUUUAUCAGUAAAGAUGAAAUCAUAUGAUAUUUGGGCUGUUUGUGUACAAACAAGCUGUAACUCUCCUCCCUUUUUUUGUUGGGUUUGUUUUUCUUUUCCAAAAACCUGAGGCCUGUUUCACAAAACCAAGAUAACAAAUUAAGCCAGGGUUUUCCAGUUAUCCUGGCUCAGUUUAGCCUUGACUGGGUUUCACGAACGCAGUGGCACAUUAGUUAACGUGGAGAAUUAUUCUGUGCAGCUAUCCUGCUCCAGAUCAGACUAACAGCCAGGCUUUAUUUAUCCUAGUGCUUUAUCUGUUCAGUCAGCAGCCACUCCGAUCAGAAACCACUGUGUUUUUUACAGUUAGUCCCUGACCUUAUGCAUGUAUUUUGCCUUAUUCUUAUUAGCCUGCAUUAAAAUACCGUAUUUUAAUGCAGGCUAAUAAAAAUAAGUACUAACUGAAUACAUACCAUCAUUCAGUUAAGUACUAUUAUUUUAACAUUGUGAUCAUCAUUCAUUUUUAUUUUUAUAAUCAUUCAUGUGAUAGUCAUUAUUACGGUUAUAUUGUGUUUAUGAAGACUGCUGUUCAUAUUGUUGUUAGAGGUUUGAUGAAUAUAUUAUUGAUUAGAAAUGGCUGCUAAAGUUCACCGGACCAGUAACUAUAUAGUGUACUAUAUAUUAUAUAGUGUAUAUAUACAUGUGUAUAUAUAGUGUACUGUAUAUUCAUGAAACAACAGGGAGAGGAUACCACGAUGCUUUGACCUUUUAUUUUUCUUGGAUCACUGGUCUGCUGUGUAUACUUACAGUGUACAUUGAAAUGAUCACUUCCUUCUCUUUUUAAUCCCCUACAUUUGUAUUGUUAAGUGUGUGCUGUACAGACAUCUGACAGUUUGUGAAUUCUGUAAAACACAUAUCAGUUCUUAACUCUGCAUGGUGUGGAUCUCCUACACACAACACUCACUACGUUGCCAGGCUGCUUUCAGGCUGUAAAGUAUCCUGUUAAAAAUGAUGUUUUCCAUGAGCACCACAUCACUGACUUCUUAUCCAUUAUGGACUAAAUAAGUAUUUCCAUUGACAUAGGCUACAUCCAGCCUUCUUUCUUUCUUUCUUUCUGUAUAAAUAAUGGUCGUAAUAGGGCAGACCAGUGCUUUGAGUGGUCGGAAGACUAGAAAAGCGCUAUAUAAAUGCAAGUCCAUUUACCAUUUACCAUGCAUAAAUCCUGCUGUGCUACUUAAUAUGUGUUUUAAAUAAUUGACAAACCGUCAGAUGUCUGUAGGCAUAUAGCACACACUUAAAAAAGCAAAUAUAGUUUGAAAAGGUGCAAAUAUCAAUGAAAAAAGGGAUUUAUUUAAAAAGAGUCAACGUUUAAAACCACAAAAAAAACCUGCAGGACUUGGACCGAGACAUGGAGAUAAAAAGACAGACAUUGAGGAAAUUAGAAGGAGAAGUACGUGAUCAUUUCAGUGCACACUGUAAGCAUGUACAGUAUGUAACAUAAUGUAUAAAUCAUUGUUAUAUAUACAGUAUAUGGUAUCGCCGUAUUCUAUCAUUGUGGAUUAGUGGUUGUAAUUCAUCUUCAUAGUAAAUUUCCUAAAUAAUAUGUUAACUUCCACCGCUCACUUUUAAGGUGAAGUGACAGUAUCUCCUUAAUGGUUUAACUAUGACAGUUUCAGUUAACAGCAGUGGUAUUUUUAGGCCACUUACUUAUUGAGUCGGUCCGCUUUGUCUGCUACGUUUUUAUCUCACUGUUUUAUAACAGCAGCAGAUGGCCGUGUCUCCUUUUCUACAAAUUAUAUGCUUAACUUCCUCGUAAUCUUCCAUUAAAAGCUGUUUCUCACUGGGUUUAAAGUACGCUGAACACGUUUACUCCAUUCCAGCAUUAGUAAAUCUGCGAUUGACCUUGUGGUCUAUUGAGGAAAGCAGUGAACGUGCAUCUAUCUGAAUUACUUACACCUGGCUCAACCUAGUCGCUCCUCCUCAGCCUGGCUUGGCCUUCGUGAAAUAAAUUAAGCCAGGAUGAAAUGACUGGUCAACCCUCGCUUACUCUCUUAUCCUGGAUAUCUUUAUUCUGCUUUUGUGAAACAGGCCCCUGCUCUGGUUGAAUAAGUUGGCAGGAAAUAUGGGUGUGGCCUUUAAAGUGACACUUCACCCAAAUACAUCUGCAGAUAUUAACCCGCUGUAGACUUGAAAGUUGGCUUUCUUGAGCUUGAAACAUACAAGACAGGAAAUCAUCUUGGUUCUGCUGCUUGAGUACCCCUUUAACAUUGGAUAUAUCAGAUUUGUUUUAUGGGAAAUUAAUAUGAAAAAGAAUCAGAUUAAUUAUAUUCUAUACCAUUUCUCAAUGCAUAAUGUUCAUUUUUAAUUUUGUAGGUGUGUGGUACCAUUUACAUGAUGUCUGGAUUUGGCCAUUUUCUCCUGAGCUCCUGUAUUCUAGGAUCCAUUUUCUGCGGCUCCAUUGCUUGGCAUGUAAAGAUACCAAGCAAUAUCAAAGGAUUGGUGGGCUCCUGCCUUGUCAUCCCUUGCACUUUUGACUACUAUCGGUAUCCACCUCACAGACCAAAUCGUGUGGUUUGGUACCAGUAUGUUGACCGAGGAUAUCCUGUAGUUUAUGACAAUUGGCACCCAAAAAAUGUCAUUUCCAUAUUUUCUGGAAAGACACGGGUUUUUACUUCUACACACGAGAAGAUAUGCAGUCUUGAAAUCAAGCCAGUGACGAAGGAACACCACAGACAGAAGAUUUACCCCUGGGUAGAUCCAGAGAAUGUUGGGAGAAACACCUACCGAUUCUUUGAUACAACCGUAACAAUUGAAGUAGUGGACAGGGCAGACACACCGUCUAUUAUGAUCUCUGGAAGCAUGACGGUUGGAGAACCCGUGACAGUGCAAUGCACUGUUUACCACACCUGUUCCACUUAUCCACCCACUCUGAGUCUCAACAUCCCACUGCAAAGCCACAGUCUAACUCAGAGCUCCAUGUCUGAUGGCACAUCCAAAACUACCUUGACGACCACAUUGAACAUUGAGAGAGACCACCAAACUGUGGAGUGCUCUGUCCGACACCCUGGCGGUCUCACUGCAAAGGCCUCUCAAACCUUAAAUGCACAAUGCACCUAUUCACCCUUGACUAUCAGACGUACAUCAGACGAAUUUCUUGAGGGACAGGCAAGCGAAGUUACCUGCACUUCCUCAUACACAUGCCCCAAACAUAUACCAACUCUCACAUGGAACUAUGGUAGCAUGCCGGCCUCCACCGAUACCAGCAAUAGUGGAGCCGCUGAGUGGAAGACUGUCUCCAAACUGACGUUCACAGCAUCAGCUAACGACCACGGACGAUCUCUGACAUGCCAUGCACGAUUCACUGGGGGACAGACGACGGAAAAGAGCAUCACCCUACGAGUAAAGAGAAACAUGCUCUCUCGGGGCUGGUCCUUCACCACCCCCAGAAGUAUCACUGGCAUGAAAGGCUCAUGCAUCAUCAUUCCUUGCACAUUCACCUACAGUAUCACCCAGCCCGCUGACCUCCGAGUUAUAUGGUACUUGUUCCAGAGCAACGGGUACCCACCUGUAUUUGACGAAAGACAGAAUGUUAUUAGCAAGUUUAACGGGAUAACCAUUUUGAUUGGAUCUGUGGGGGAGGGGAAUUGUAGUCUUAAAAUCGAGAGGCUGGAGAUGUCGCACAACCAGGACAGACUUUUCCCAUGGGUAGACCAGAACCCUAUCACCUCCUUCCACAGCCUGGGUCAUGCAUUUUAUGAUAAAACCUCUCAACUUAUUGUAUCAGACCGCGCACAGGAACCGCAGUUGAGCAUCAUUGGUAUCCCCAGGGUGGGAGAGGAGAGCACAGUGUCCUGCAAUGUGCGCCAUACAUGUCCCUCUGCUCCCCCCACCCUGACCCUGAAUGGUGUACCUGGAAAAGACGUCAUUACAGACACUCUGGUGUCUGAUGGGAUUUGGGAAAGGACAGUGGAGCGAACUUGGGCUGUCAAAGAGGAGGACAAGAGUGUGAAGUGUACUGUGCGCUACCGUGGUGGUCAGGAAGCUAUAAGUGAGCUCAAGCUGAAUGUUGAAUGUCCAUACGACAAGAUCACAAUGACUGAGCGGCCAGGCGAGGUGACGGAGGGUGUGGCAAAGAGUGUCAUUUGUUCGGUUUCCUACAAGUGUAAGAAAAAUAAACCAACCAUCGCGUGGAACUACGAAGACAUGCAGAGUUCGUUAAAAACCAAAGAGAUCUCCAUCAACACCUAUAACACAGUGUCAAAUCUAACCUUUAUUGGUUCUCUUGGGGAUGACGGUAAAUCUUUGACCUGCACUGCUCAGUUUGGUACUGGGGAGACUUCAGACUCUGAAACCCUUCAUAUAAAAAAAUAUGAGAGACCAGUUGAUCCAUAUGAAAAUGACACGCUCCACGUUCAGCCCGCUGACGUCCCUUUCAGAUUCAGCGCCCUGACCCGCUCCUGUGUGGUGAUUCCCUGCAGCUUCCCGUACCAGGAGGAUGAGCCUGUCACGCGUGGCAUCUGGUCCAAAAAAACUGGGGAUGUCAUCUACCACAAUGCCCAAAGCUAUGUGGUUGAUCAUUUCAAAGGCCGCACCAGAAUAUUGGGAGAUCUGAAUGAGGGAAACUGCUCAUUAGAGAUCGAUGACAUUAAGCCCUUUGACAAUGGGCCCUUCUGUUUCCAUGCAGAGAAAGGAAAUAAUGACAGACAAAGAUUCAACAAUAGCUGCGUAUUUAUUGUUAUGAAAGCGUCCCCAGAAAAACCAGUGAUGACCUCAGUUCCAGCAGAAGUCGAUGCCGGCUCAACGAUUACCGUCUCGUGUUCUGUUACGCACACUUGUCCAUCACAUCCUCCGGUGUUCACAUGGAGUGUCCCCAACCUCACCAGCGAGGUCGCGCACACCUGGACGCCGCAGGGCAUCUGGGAGACGACCUCCACGAUCACUUUCAUGGCUGCUGGAGGAGACGGGGUCAAAAGCCUAACCUGUACUGCCAUUUUCUGGCGUGGCAAGCAGCGCGCCGGCACAGUCGAGCUGACUGUGAAGGGAUCCAGUUCUCGGCCAGUAGCCAUUGCGGUGUCGGCUAUAGUCCUGAUUGUGAUCAUCCUAGCUGCAGUGUUUGGAGUGGUCUUCUAUAGGAGAAGGAAGCGCUCUGACAACUCGCUGAGACCACCACCUCGACCAGAGAAAAGGAGGUCCAUUUGGAGCAGAUUUUCCCAUAGAGCAGAGGAUGGCCGUGUUGGGUGGAAAAGAGAGAGCGAACCCAGAAACCAAGGCAACACUGUAAACCUCAGUGCUGGCUAUUUAAACAACACCACCACUGUAACCUGUGACAGUCAAAUCUCCAAACAACGCUUCCCAUCCCCAAAGGAUAACCGGAGACCUCCUCGCUCUGUCAGGCCUGAGGAUUACCAUGUGUACGGUAACUACUGAGUUCUUCGAGACAUCUCGGAAACAUCACAUGCUUCCAGGACCACAUUGUCGUUAUUAUACAAACUACACAGUACAUGUUCGCAUGUGGGGAAAAGUAAUGUUGGUCAUUGUUGUCGAUGUUGCUUUUAAACUUGCUUUAGUUAAAGGUGCAAUGUUUAAAAUAUUGCCAGAGUCAUGGAUUAUAUAUAAGAAGUGGAUGUAGUCACCGUGACAUCACCCAUUUGGUUUGUGGACUGCCGUUUUGAAGCCUCGAGUUUGCAUCGCUAUCUUCGUUUUUGGCCGUCGCCAUCUUUGUUUUUUAUAUUAUUAAAGGUUAUAAUUAACUUUCAUGUGCUGAAAACACACUGUGGAAGGGUUAAAGUUGUAAGACGAAAACACGGACAACUCCGAGACCGGAAAACACCGUGGUGUCGAUGAUGAGGAUGAAACGAAAAACACGAGUUGUUCCCUUGUCUCUGCCAUCCCGGACCCAAGCCAAUAUACAAACUAUCAAAACGUACACGGACCAUACGGCCCCCGGUUAGUGGCACAGUAAACACACAGAUGGCUACUAGGUCGACGUCACACGUGAAGAUUAUAAGAUAGCAGUGUUAUUUUGACCGGCUCUCAGAGUUUCAGCAGUUUUGUCAAAUUUUGUGUAUUCUUGCCCUGUUGUUAGUCAGUAGGUGGCUUCUUUUUUUUUAACUGAUGACUGUAAAUUUAGAUUGUAUGGACUUUGUGGAAGAGGUGAAAUGCUGCUCCAUAUUUCUUUGGAGCAUGUGGCCAGGGGUUACACAGUGCACCUUUAAAGAAUGUAUAUCAGCUAUCAAAUAAGCAUAAUAAUAAAUACGAUUUUCUCUCCUUU